AUGGCUGCGAAAGAAGGAAGUAGGAUCUUCGUUGGUGGUUUAUCGCCGGAAGUGACAGAGAGAGACCUUGAGCGAGCCUUUAGCCGUUUCGGCGACAUUCUCGAUUGUCAGAUCAUGCUGGAAAGAGAUAGCGGUCGUUCACGUGGAUUUGGGUUUAUCACUUUUGCUGAUCGCCGGGCUAUGGACGAGUCCAUCAGAGAGAUGCAUGGAAGGGACUUUGGUGAUCGGGUCAUCUCAGUGAACAGGGCUGAACCGAAAAUGGGGAGGGAUGAUGGGGAAAGUCAUGGCUCUAGAGGUGGCAGAGACAGUGGCUAUUCAUUUGCUGGUAAAGGAAGCUUUGGUGGAGGAGCUGGUGGAGGUGGCCGUGUUGGUGAAGAUGAAUGCUUCAAAUGUGGACGAGUUGGGCACUGGGCCCGUGAUUGCCCGUCUGCUUCUGGUGGUCGUGGCGGACCUGUUGGUGGUUAUUCUUCCCGUUCUGCUGCGUUUGGAGGAUCUGAUGGGCGUGUGGACCGUUAUGCUGACCGUGACCGUUAUGUGGAGCGUGAGCGUUACGUAGAUGAUCGGUAUGAUGGUGCUGCACGCUUUGGUGCUAGAGACAGGUUUGAUAGCAGAGAACCCUACAUACCCCGCGAUCGAUACGCCAGUGACAGGUAUGCAGCCCCGGCUGAUCGGUUUGCAGGUGGCGAUAGAUACAGCCGUGGAUCAGACCGUUACCCUCCAGCGAGUUAUGACAAAGCUCGGUCCUUUGAGAGAGACUUAGUCCCAAGUGCAGGCAGUGACAGGUACGGUGGUGGUAGAGCUGGUGGUCCCGUACGUGGAGGAGACGAGGGAAGAGGGUUUAGAAGCAGAGCCAGUGGUCCUUAUGAGAGGCCGAGCCGAAGCGGUGGCGGUGGUGCUUAUCCGUCGUCCUCAACUUUUGACCGUUACUAA